AUGCGCGACUUUUUGGCAACAGUGCGCUCCAAGGCUUUCAAGCCCACCAUCUCGAUCCAGUCUCUCCGCGAAAGUGAACUAUCCGGGAGUGAAGACAACCAGAAUGCUUUGGAACAAAAAGGAUUGGCCGACCCCGAAAGUGGAAAGAAAUUGGGCUUUUUUGCUCGCCCUUGGACACGGCGAAGAAUCGCAAUCGUCAGCGGCCUAGGGCUUUUGGUGGCGGUCCUUGUCGCUCUCGUCAUCGCCUUGCCCAUUGUUCUCACGCGAGAUCAUUAUGGGCCGAAUAUGGGAGACACGUAUACGCUAUAUCCGACCACCCACGAGGACCCGAGCUACCGCAUCACGGAAAAUAAGCCUGUCUUUGCCAUUCAUAAUUUUCCCGAUCCGGGCCUGAUUCAGCUUAAUGGCACAUGGUAUGCCUUUGGGACUAAUCCGAGAAAGAAUAACCCGGAAACAAUUCAUAUUCCUGUUGCAACCUCGACCAACUUUGUGAAUUGGACACUUCAUGAGGGCUACGAUGCCAUGCCUACGAUUGGUAACUGGGAACGGACGAUCAAUCACUGGGCCCCCGAUGUUAUUCAACGAAACGACGGCAAAUUUGUGCUCUACUAUGCGGGCGAGACCAAGGAUUUCAAUCGGCACCACUGCAUUGGUGCUGCAGUCUCGGCUGGUAAAGAUCCCCUUGGACCCUAUAUACCUCUGAACGAAUCCAUAGCCUGUCCGCACAAAUACGGUGGGGCCAUUGAUCCAUCGCCCUUUCGUGACGCAGAUGGCAAGCUAUAUAUAGUCUACAAAGGAGAUGGGAAUAGCGUCGGGCAUGGUGGGUAUUGCGGCAACAGCAGGAAACCAUUAGUCUCUGUCCCUCUCAUUCUCCAGGAAAUGGAAAAUGAUGGUGUCACCCCGGUGGGUGACCCGGAGAUUAUCCUCGACAUAAACGACACUGAUGGUCCGCUCAUUGAAGCCCCGAAUAUUGUCCGAUCCAGUGACGGCUUCUAUUACCUCUUCUUCUCGUCGCACUGCUUUACUUCUUUGGGUUACAACGUGAAGUACGCCCAUGCAGCCUCCGUCAAGGGCCCUUAUAUUCGUGUGGCACGACCCCUGUUACAAACACACGAUUUUGGGCUCCUGGCCCCUGGUGGUGCAACGAUAUCGCAAGAUGGAAGCAAGAUCGUAUUUCAUGCCAAUUGUGACGGUUGGCGAUGUAUGUAUGCCGGAGGCAUUGACAUUCGAUCCAAUAACCAUACUGUGGUUCUGACUGCACUCAACCUGGAAGUUUCAGGUUCAAACUCCACCAAUUCGACCACGAGUUCCUCAUGA